AGAGAAUAUAGCAGCGAAUACUACCGCAUACUGUCUGAUCCUGCAUGAUCGUGUAGUUGAAUACAGUCCACUAACCAACUUAGUGCGCAAAAUCAACUAACACAUUGGAAAGUAUGAGAAAAGAAUAAUAGAAAACAUCGAAAGACUAUAUACGACAUUUCUUUCCCGAACGUAUCGAAGAGUACUUCGCUAUGGUCGAACCAACGUUUGUGGACUUGCAAGGAUUCGUUGUUGGAAAGAGAUUUAUUGUAAAGGAAGUAGCGAUACUUAGGAAUGGAUCUGUUCUCUCCCAUUAUAUCUUUACUAGUCCCAUGCCAUGGCAUCUUCUCGCAAGAUCCGACAAAUCGAGAGCAUACUGGUUGACGGUUAAUCAUCAUGGACUACGAUGGGAUGACGGGAUCGUUGCAUACAGCAGAGCCAAGCACUUGAUUACGACAGCUGUGGUUGGCAAAUCAUGCGAUGUGGAACAUAAAGACGUUUUCCCGCCACUCAAAUUUUUUUUCGCAUAG